AACGGGCACACGCAUCGGUUUGCCGCACGCGGCCUCGGAGAUGCAGACAACACCGCGACCGAGACGGAACCGGAAGUGAUGCCCUCCCCUCGUCCAGGGCAGACGCAUAUAUCCAACGUUUCUGCCGCGGCUGCUGCUGCAUCCUCCCGGUAUGCCCGUCCGCGUGCGCAGAGGGACACCUCGGCGACAUCUUACCCCUCUUCCGACUUCGAUGCUGCCGUCGCUGCCCAGGCUCCUACAGGUGCUCAGAACGGGCAUGCGAGACGGGAGCGUACAGAUAUCGAGGAGCUGGAAGAGGACGACGACGAAGAGUUCGAAGCUGGGGGAGCGACAACCCAGGGUGAGAUGGACCCACCUCCGUCUAUCCCCCCUCCUAUGCCGCACCAUCAUGUGCACGGACACCACUCCCACGCACAGCAAGGCGCGCUGGUUCCUGCACCGAAAGGCCCCAGUAGGCCAGGUACCGUCGCUAGCCAGCACCAGAAGCAACUGAGUUCCGGGAGCAAAAACGGUGCCCUCACUCAGCCUGCCGCCCCAGCUAGCACUACCCCGCUCACAAGCUUGUACCUCGUUGCUGGGCUGCCCAAGAGCCCGCAUACAUGGACCCUCGCGGAGCCGGACAGUGUCGAGGGGUGCAGGCACGCAGAUGGUGCGGUCAAUCGUUGGUGGAGAGCUGAGGUGUUGGGUAGCACCGUCAGUCCCGGAGUGAACAACGGCGGGGAUGGGAGCACCGUUGGUGGUGGGAAGAAACGGAAGAGCAGGAGAGGUGAGGACGUGCAGCGGAUGCUGUCGAAAGCGCUCAAGCUAUCCUUCCCCAAAGAAGUGGAGAUUAUCGCUUCGACUCUGCAGCCAGCAUCGACGAUUCACACCUUCACAUUCACUCUUCGGCCUGCGGGGCCUCAUAGCAUGAACCGUGCAGCGACCUUCACCUCACUGUCUAACGCUUCAUCGCUCCCUUCUCUGCGCCCCGGUUAUGGCCCAGCAAACUACUCCACCACCUCCUUCCAGUCUUUCAACCCCCCUCCCGUGCCGAACAGCAACAACGCGCCCCUCAAAGGCGGGAAGAAGGAAGAAGAGGAGGGGCAGAUAUACUACGGUACUGUGCUGACUGUGUACUCCCACGCAGACGCGAGUCGCGCGGAAGCGAUCCGGAAGAGCCUUUCCCAGCCCACUACUGGCACGCCCGGUGCUAGCCCUGGGUCGAGGAGGUUCCAGCGCCGCCCGGCUAGCAGUGCACGCAGGAAGGCACCGUGGAAUGGCCAGAGCACCCCGGAGGCGACCGAGACGGAGCAAGAGCCGGAGACGGACGACUGGGGCGAUAAGGUCGUUGGUGGCAGCACACUCUUCCUGCCGAGGGAGACUGUGUUCUGGCUUCCUUAUGCUUUGACUUUAGUGUCCAAGCACCCUAUCUACGACCUCAUGCGCGAUUUCCUCACCCUCUCCUGGGCGAGGUUCAGCAAAGAUGUGCAGUCUCACUCUCUGCAAAUCGCUAAGAUCCUCGAGCACCCAUCCCCGCGUUCGGGAGACAUCGUUAAGCUCGAUGCUGGUGCAGAAGGCGAGAGCGUCGAAGUCGUCUGUCGGUUCCCGGGUGGCCUGGACUUCGGUAGGGGCCUGGUGGACGUAAACUUCACUAUGUGGCCAUUGUUUAGGGCACUGAACUUGGAUAAUAUCCUCACUGUCUGUGAGAUUGCCCUGGCCGCUACUGGCAGGGUGUUGUUCCUUUCUCGUUAUCCUGCUAUGCUCGGUAUCGCCGUUCACACUAUCAAAUACAUCGUCGAGCUUCGCGGCUGGAACGGUAUCGCCCAUCCAGCGGUGCAUGCCCGCGAUGCCAAGAUCUACCUUGAAGAUCCCGGUCCGUGGCUCAUCGGCCUUCACACCGACUGCCGGUUCGUCGCUCGUCCCAGCAAGGAAGUUUGUAUUUGCGACCUGGAUAUCAACAGCGUCCACUGCCCCAGCCCGCCAGCUGGGAGCGUUAGCACCAAACAGCAGCGGGAUAAGUUCCGUAGGACGCUGAUCAAUGCCUUUGAGGGGUACUUCCAUCCUGACUAUGCAGUUCCGAGUGAGUUCAAGGAAGCUUUCCCCGCUGGCAGGUUCAGGCCGCUCUGCAGCAUCAAGACUCGGCGCGGGGCGCCCAGUGCCGUGUAUGCGGAGAUCAUCCCACCGCCUGAAUGGUGGUUCCAGCCCAGAGUCAUCCAGGCUUUCGACUCUGUGCUCAAGGAUAAAUACAAGAAGCCAUCGCUACUCAAGCGUCUAGCCAUGUUGGGCAUGUCGAAGCGUCAGGCCGGACUGACCGCGGCUGAACAGCUGAUUCAACGUGCCAUCCGUCGUCGCGCCACUGCCUUCGUUGAUGCUCGUGACGACCUCGAGACUAAGAUUGGCCGUCUCUCACGUCGCUUGAACUUCCUAAUGACAGAAUCUGACCUUUGGCGUGAGAAGUUUGUCGCUUUCGAGGGAUAUGCGGAGAAGCUCAGUCUCGAGGCUGGCGACCUCAAGUCUAAAAUUGGAAAGGAACAAAGGGAGAGCAGGCGCCUUAGCGGCCUCAUUACCGUCACUGCACAGGAGAAGCAACAGCUUCAGAUGCGUCUAUCUCAUGUCGAGCAUGAGCACCAGGACGCGCUCAUGCAACUCGAUCAGAUGCGUCUCAACAUGGAAGCUAUGGAGCGCGAACGCGAGCAGAUGGUUGCGGAAGUCGAAGAGCAGAUCGAGCGUGCCCUCGCUAGCAUGUCCUUCAACGACUCGAUGUCCGAGACUGGCACGUCUCGCACUGGCUCACGCGCUGAUUCCCGUGCCUCUACCCCGGGCUUGGCGAACGGCAGACGAAUCCCUAGGAGUUUCAGCACUGGCACCGCCCUGCAUGAUCCGGUUGAUGAAGAGCUCGUCGAGCAUGAGAUCGGAAUGAACGCUGCAGACAUCGAAACUGGGAAGCGGAGGCUCGAGAAGAUCGAUGAGCGCGAAAUCGAUGAAGAAGAGGCCGAAGUCAAAUUGGAGCCUCGCCGUCAGCGCCAUUACAAAGAGCAGAAAUAUGAUGAAGAGCAUGAUAGUGACAGGAGCGCUAUACCUGUUAGGAAGAAGCGAUUCUCUGCUAGUGGCCGUGAUCAAGGAACGGAAGAUACCAUGGGCGCUGUGGAUGCUGGCAUUAGCGAGAAGAGCGAGAGGAUCAGCGAAAAAGUGAAUCAGAUUCAGAUGAAGCUGGAGUUGGCUCUGGCUGACCUCGAAAACAAGCGCCGUGUCGCAUCUCCCCGGUCUGGUGCUGAUGACACUGGUGGCGAAACAGACGCAACCCGUCGCAGUCGCCGUACUCGCCGUCGUGUGAAGACUUCUCAUUCUGCUCAUCAAGCCGAAGCCGAAGCCGAAGCCGACACCUCAUUGGAACAGCGCCUUGAGCAAGCUCCUCCAGCCGGAGAUCGACUCGAGCCGCUGCAUUCCACUGUGGAGCAGCGUCUGUCUCCUGCCCUCAGUCGUGCUGAAAAAAAGCGAUCCCUUGACGAGAUGAGCGAGGCGACAUAUCGUCCUUCUGCCGCUGAGCGGUCUGGCGAGAUCGAUGAGCCAGAUCUGGAACCCGUUCCCGAGAUGAUCAACGAAGUCGUGGAACCUGUUGAUAUUGCCAACGAGGAAGAGGCUGUGAUAGAACCUGUUGACCAUGCGGAGGACGCAGAUUCUGAGGCAUCCAGCCAGAGGGACAUCAAACGGGAAUCCACCAGCACAGUCGUCGCAGAGCCUGCCCAGACCCCCAUCAAGUCGGCCAGCACACCAAGUCCCAUCGCCCCUCCCCGUAAUCCGAGCCGGGCACCACCCGUUUCGUCGUCCGGCCGUGCCGCGGCCAUUCUUGUUCAGGAAACCCCGAUGGAUGCCGCUGCUCCCGCUCUGUCCCGAAAGACUUCUACUCGCUCGAAGCGCCUCUCGCGUAUGACGACUGGCACCACUUCUGGUGGCGAGUCCGAUGCUGACUUCGUCAGUGCCUAUUCUAGCAGCCCUAUUGACAAGUCUCUCAUGGACGAUGAGGAUGACGAGGGCGAGGGCAUGUCCCCUGUUCCCGGCAGCUGGGAUGACGAUGAGGACCUCGUUGAGCCCCGCCAUAUCAGGCAACGCGUCUCCAGCACGGCCACGGAAGUACCCGACUCGAGGCGUUACAGGAGUUUCAAUGCGGUUAGCAUGCACUAAAAGGACUGGAAUGAUGCAAGUCAGAAGAUUAACUCACGUCACUCGUUCAUUUCAUAUUCACCUCUUCAAUUCUCUUCCCAGAGUCUCACGGUCCUUCUCAUUCCCUCUCACUCAGGAUACUACGUCUUUCGCUCAAGUGUAUGGGCCAUUACGGCACCAUCGUUUUGUCUAGUUUUCUUCCUCAAGGCGGAUUGAGUUCGCUACAGCUAUCGGAUAUUUGAAUGGAAGGUCUUUGCCGCCGAUCUUCCCGCUCGUCCGGUAUUCCGUUAUAUCCCCGUGGCCGGUCAAACGCCCUUUGGUUACGCGCGUUCUCAUUCGGAGCACGCGGAAGACCG